GUCCCCUCCGGCCCCGAGGGAAAAGUGUUCCACGAGCGGUAGAGUCUUUCCGCCUCGUUUUUUCCUCCCGAACCCUGGUCCCCGCUCCCGUCUGGGCGCCAGCUGGUGGGGCGCGCGCAGAAGGCCAGUCUGCGAGCGGGAGCGCGUGGCGCGGGGCCGCUCCGGCGGCGGCACAUGGCCGCAGUCACCCCGCAAGACUCCGGAGGCGCCGCGCCCAGCUUGCCCGAGGUCCGUCGGCUGCGCUCUGCCGCCCCGGCGCCAAGCAGAGGCUGAACGGAGGUACCCGCGCCGGGCGUCGGGAUGACCCUUCUCCUGCUCCUCUGGCUAGUGUCCUACUAUGUUGGAACCUUGGGGACUCACACUGAGAUCAGGAGAGUGGCAGAGGAGAAGGUCACUUUGCCCUGUCAUCAUCAGUUGGGGCUUCCAGAAAAAGACACCCUGGACAUCGAGUGGCUGCUCACAGAUAAUGAAGGGAACCAAAAGGUGGUAAUCACGUACUCCAGCCAGCAUGUCUACAAUAACUUGACUGAGGAACAGAAGGGCCGAGUGGCCUUCGCUUCCAAUUUCCUGGCAGGAGACGCUUCCUUGCAGAUUGAGCCUCUGAAGCCCAGUGAUGAGGGCCGGUACACCUGCAAGGUGAAGAACUCAGGGCGCUAUGUGUGGAGCCAUGUCAACUUAAAAGUCUUAGUGAGACCGUCAAAGCCCAAGUGUGAACUGGAGGGAGAACUGACAGAAGGCAGCGACCUGACUUUGCAGUGUCAGUCAUCCUCGGGCACGAAGCCCAUCAUGUAUAACUGGCAGCGAGUCCCGGAGAAGGAGGGAGAGGAUGAGUAUCUGCCUCCCAAAUCUAGGAUUGACAACCGCAACCCAGGGCGCGUUCUGCUGCAGAACCUCACCAUGGCCGCCUCUGGACUCUACCAGUGCACAGCAGGCAACGAGGCCGGGAAGGAGAGCUGUGUGGUGCGGGUCACUGUGCGGUAUGCACAAAGCAUGGGCAUGAUUGCAGGAGCCGUGACGGGCAUGGUGGCCGGUGUGCUGCUGAUUUUCCUCUUGGUGUGGCUGCUGAUCCGAAAGAAAGACAAAGAGCGAUAUGAGGAGGAAGAGAGACCUAAUGAAAUUCGAGAAGACGCGGAGGCGCCCAAAGCCCGCCUGGUGAAACCCAGCUCCUCGUCCUCGGGCUCCCGGAGCUCGCGCUCCGGCUCUGCCUCCACCCGCUCCACUGCCAACAGCGCCUCCCGCAGCCAGCGGACACUGUCCACGGAGGCGGCGCCACGGCCUGCCCCCCGCGCGCACGGCCGAGCAGGGCCAGGGGCCAGAGGUGCAGCGCCGGAGGACCUGCGUCCUGCCGCCCUGACCGAGGCAGAAGCCACACCUAGCACGGGCCCCAGCCAGAGCCGCCCCUUCCAAACUGUCUGAAUUAUGGUGCACUUGGACUCCCAGGCUGUCCUUGGGGUCAGCCCUUAGGAGUUUUCUAGUCGUCACAGCCCAGCCACCAGCCACACCAUCCCCCAAUCAUAUGAGAGGUCAUCUACUAGCAGGGAGCGCUGCACUGGACAGAUUCAAAUGAGCACUCUCCUCAGAGCACACCGAACCAGGGUGUGAGCCCACCAUCUCCAAAACAGCAUCUCCUCCUGCCUUCAGACAAGAGUGGGGGAAAGCAGGGGUCUGAACCUAUCUGUGGAGCAGGACCAGGGGUGAGAAAGUCGGAGGAAGGAGGAAGUGAACCCACAAAAACUUCUCACCUGAGAUGCUUUGUAUCAAUACUUCAAUUCACGAUUGUCAAGAGGAAACGAGUUGUUCAUAGAUUUCCUAUGCCUUUCUGUAAACUGGAUUAUUGAUUAUCCAGAGUCGAGCAGAACCCACAGCCUUACAUUACACCCCUCUGCACUGUGUCCUGAGAUUACUACUUCUGAGAAACUCCAAAAAGGAACAGUCUCUUCUAUUCCAUCUUGACUUCAUUUACCACUAGGUUUGGAUAUAGAUUUCAACAGGAAUUGAAAUAACGGGACACAGAGGACAAUAGUUGAGUUCCUCCCACUCUAUCCACCACUAAUUUCCCCCUACUUAUACUGAACCACAAGAGAACUACAAAGAGAGUCCAAAAAUGUGUGACAGGGGACUGUGAAAAACCUCUCAUCCUAAUGAUGUCCAGAGGGUCACUGACAAAUGUCAGCAAUGUAUCCUGGGACAGGUGUGGGUUUCCCCUCAAAUCAGAUGUCUCUGCAGACUCCCCUGCUGGGUAUCUCUGGAGAAAGAAAACAUUCACUACAUGCCAUUUGACAAUGUCCCUAUAAAGAAGUCUUACCGUGAAACAAGUCUUUUAAAGAUGCUCAAAGAUUACCCAACAUACCAUUACAGUUUUUCUGAGAACAUACAAAACCAGAAUUUCAAGGCUUCUAGACUAGAAAGGGAGAUUGGACCAAUUUUCUUAAUGUGUCAUAGAAUGGUAUAAGGAAGUUUAGAACUGCACCAAACUUGCAGCUGUCUCUGUUUCACUUUAGAAAAAGGAUGUGAACCUGGGACUUUUGAUGAUUCUAGGCCUUACAUUACAGGAAGAUCAGGAUUGCCAACAUUUCCUAAUGGCACUGCAUGUCAAAAUCAUUCCUGCCUCAGAAGUUGAGACACAGAGAAAUUCAGCAUUUUACCAGCGUAGCCUCUAAGGAAGUGUAGCUCUGGGGUAUGAGGAAAUGGAAUUAACACUUCCAGAAGAGACAGCAUAAUUAGUGAAUGGCAGGAAAGGUCUGCUUGAAUGCCCAUUAACAUUUUAAUUGUCAGUAUCUUGGAAAGAAGUAGCAGAAAUGAUUUGCCAGGGUAGCUCUCAGAAAAGCUGAUUCAUGGG